UCUAAAGACGAUACCCUGUUGCACUGUUAUGACGUCACGCGGACUCGGGUGCCGCCCCGCGUUUCUUGUGGAUCCAGAGGCACGGUGGUGUCACCCGCUGUGAAUCGCUUACCACACAAGGUUACGAAACAGACGCCAUCUUGGCUCAAAUGAAAGUCGCUAGCUUGGGAAUCUCACACCGCUUCAGCGUAGCUUGAGCCAAAAUGUCCCACCCUUGCUGCAGUUCGUAGUAACCUUCUCCAUUAAACGUUUGGGGGAGGGAUAUACGAGAGCUGUCGCACAAACUACUUCUUCCUUCACUUCUGUGGAACACUGGAAAAUGGCCUAGCUGUGCAUGGAGAUAACCUACAGGAGUCAAAGACAUUGUCGCUUGCUUAUUUGACACGAAGUAUGUUGGAUUUUACCCGGGGAGUUUCAUGGCUGAAUCGUGCGUGAAGAAGAAGAUGAUGAUGGGGAUUCCACCGAUGUGGCUGUCCAAUGUAUGUGAAACUGGAUGAGACGAGGGCUCUAUCAGGAGCCUUUGUGCAGAUAUACCUGAAAUUACUGAAGAGGACCUCUGAGCAGGUUCACACGGCACUUGGCAGGGUGGAGUUUCUUGACCCAUGGAGAAUUACUUCCAGACUGAGGCCUUUAACCUGGACAAGGUGCUGGACGAGUUUGAACAGAACGAAGAUGAAACGGACACACCGACUCUCUCGGAUGCCAAGUGGACCCAGAUUCUCGCCCCACCAUCGCACCUCCUUUCCCUGAAUCCAGCACUGACCCACUCCGACCUCAGCCCAACGGACAGCCCUAUCAGCUUCAAGCCGCUUCUAGAUGCCCAGACGUCAGACGGCCCCUCUUUGGCUGAGGUCACCAGGUUAGAGGGGAUACAGGGGGUGGGGCAACAGCCAGAGGGCAAGAAUGAAGAACGGCCAGCAGAUGUUCACAGUCCUCCUCUGCCCCAGCCCAAUAUUGGCAAGCUGGUGAGCACUGAUGGGCAGUUGCCAGAGUUGCCAUCCUCGAACAGAGUGGUGCUGGAAAACGGCUAUCCAUCUAGUCCUAAUCUUUGUGGCGAUGAUGAGACAAGUCGAACUGUUACAGAUGAGCAAAGUGUUAAGGACACUGGUCCCAGUGAGUUGAAGACGGAGCAGAAUGGUACUGACGAAGGAAGUGGUGGUGGUCUUCAAGAUUUCACUGUUCUUGACAAAGAGUGUGGAAAUGGGCCACCAGUUUUGAAUAAUGGUGUUAAGAUGGAAGCAAGCAAGACUGGCAGUUGUUCACCAGUCCCUGAGCUCGGAAUGAGGGAUUGUAAUCUGGUAUUUCCAGAAGGAAGUAAUCUCCAGAAAGGGGAAUCAGUUUUGCAAAAAUCAGUGAAUGGUGGCGAAGAACUUGAUUGUGAGCGGGAGAAUCAUGAGGGUGCCUUUCAAAAUGGAGGACUGGUUGAGAAUGAAAGUGCAGGGAAAGACACCUGGGGGUCAUAUCAGGAAGAGAAAGAGAAAACAAUAGAGAGCGACCACGAGAAAAUGUACAGAGAGUUUGAAUCAUCCAAUGGUCUGAAUGUGGCUCAUGGUGGAGAUGCACAAAUCCAGCCAGUGGUCCCUUCAAAGGAGGACUCUGUGACGGAGGAAAAAGAAAUGGAGGAAAGCAAACAAGAGGUUUGUGAUCCAAUUCGAGGACUGGAAUCUGGCAGAAUGGGCAAACUCAACAAUAGCCGGCUGCAACCCGUCAGCGUUCCUUACGGUGGUGCCCGCCCGAAACAGCCUGUCAGUCUAAAGCUGCAGAUUCCCCAGCCUUUCUUGAGCCAAGUCCAGAAUGAAUUUGGCUCCACUGGCAAGAACAAGAACCUGGAGCCACAGUGUAGAACAGGAGACCUUGAGGAGCCUUGUGGAGCAACUGAGUCUGGGGUCGUUCAAAUGAAUGGAGAGCAUGGAGAUAGCCCUUCAGGCUUACUUAUGCCUUCAGACAGUCCAGACAAUGACCUUCAGGCAGGACAGCAAUUGAAGAAACCCUUCAGCUCUUUGGGGGAAGUGGCUCCUGUUUGGGUCCCUGACUCUCAAGCACCCAUUUGCAUGAAGUGCGAGGUCAAGUUCACUUUCACUAAAAGAAGGCAUCAUUGUCGGGCUUGUGGCAAGGUGUUCUGUGCUGCUUGUUGUAGUCUGAAAAGCAGGCUGAUGUACAUGGACAGGAAAGAAGCGAGGGUUUGUGUUACCUGCCACCAUGCACUUAUGAAUGUUCAAGCAUGGGAGAACAUGGGAAGUGGUUGCAAUCAGAGCCCGAAUCCCAACAACCCAGCUGAGUACUGCUCCACUAUUCCCCCUCUGCAGCAAGCCCAGGCAUCAGGAGCACUCAGCUCCCCACCCCCAACCGUCAUGGUGCCUGUUGGUGUCCUCAAACAGCAAGGGUCAGAAGGUUCUCUUCCUCGAGAGCAAAGAAGGGUUUGGUUUGCUGACGGCAUUUUACCCAAUGGGGACGCUACAGACUCUUCCAAAGGGCCGGCAGCAAACCCCAACCCCACACAGCCUGUGGCAGCAUCCCAAAAUUCAAACAAAUCCUCAGGAGCCAGUGCUUCUGAGGCGGCCCGUGCCACUGGAGCCCCGACCGCCAGCCCUGUGGGCAGCUCUCUCAGUCUGAUCCCAGAGGACGGACUUCCUCCCAUCCUCAUCUCCACAGGCAUCAAAGGAGACUAUGCUGUGGAGGAAAGACCUUCUGAGAUUGUGCUGAUGCAGCAGCUUGAGGAGGGCGGCCCUGAUCACCUGGUGUUUGUUCUUAAUGCCAACCUGCUGGCCAUGGUCAAACUGGUCAAUUAUGUAAAUAGGAAGUGCUGGUAUAUGACGACAAAGGGCAUGCAUGCCGUGGGCCAGGCAGAGAUUGUAGUGCUUCUACAGUGCCUUCCAGAUGAGAAAACCAUUCCCAAGGACAUCUUCAGCCACUUCGUCCAGCUGUACAGGGAGGCUCUCACAGGAAAUGUGUUAAGUCACCUGGGCCACUCCUUCUUCACUCAGAGCUUCCUGGGCAGUAAGGAGCACGGCGGCUUCCUUUAUAUCAGCCCCACCUUCCAGACACUGCAGGAACUGCCGUUGCCUAACCCACCCUACCUCUUUGGCAUCCUGGUGCAGAAGUGGGAGACCCCCUGGGCCAAGGUCUUUCCCAUCCGACUCAUGCUCCGCCUUGGGGCGGAAUACCGAUUCUACCCCUGCCCACUAUUUAGUGUUCGCUUCAGAAAACCCCUCUUUGGAGAGACUGGUCAUACCAUUAUGAACUUGUUGGCAGAUUUCCGUAAUUACCAGUACACGUUGCCGGUGGUGAAGGGGCUGGUGGUGGACAUGGAAGUGAGGAAGACUUGCAUCAAGAUACCGAGCAACCGUUACAAUGAGCUCAUGAAGGCAAUGAAUAAGUCCAACGAACAUGUGCUGGCAAUGGGAGCGUGCUUCAACGAGCGGGCGGAUUCCCAUCUUGUCUGUGUUCAGAACGACGAUGGGAACUACCAGACGCAGGCUAUCAGUAUUCAUCACCAGCCUCGCAAAGUGACUGGGGCCUCCUUCUUUGUGUUCAGCGGGGCUUUAAAGGCUUCAUCGGGCUACUUGGCUAAAACCAGCAUUGUCUCAGAUGGCGUGAUGGUGCAGAUUACAGCUGAAAUGAUGGAGGCCUUACGGCAAGCCCUGAGAGAGAUGAAAGAUUUCAGUAUUGCCUGUGGGAAAGCUGAUCAGGAGGAGAACCAGGAGCACGUCCAUAUCCAGUGGGUUGAUGAUGACCACAACUUCAACAAAGGAGUGAUCAGCCCCAUUGAUGGGAAAUCCAUGGAGUCUGUCACCAGCGUUAAGAUCUUCCAUGGCUCGGAAUAUAAAGCCAAUGGGAAAGUCAUCCGUUGGACAGAGGUGUUCUUCCUGCGGAGCGAGGACCAGACCAAUGGCCUGAGCGAUCCUGCAGACCACAGCCGGCUUGCUGAGAAUGUGGCAAGGGCUUUCUGUGUGGCCCUGUGCCCUCACCUCAAACUUCUCAAAGAGGACGGCAUGGCCAAACUGGGCCUGCGGGUCACGUUGGACUCCGAUCAGGUGGGCUACCUAGCAGGAAGUAACGGUCAGCCGCUGCUCCCCCAGUACCUGAGCGAUCUAGACAGUGCCCUCAUCCCAGUUAUCCACAGCGGGGCCUGCCAGCUAAGUGAAGGGCCUGUGGUGAUGGAGCUCAUCUUCUACAUCCUGGAGAUCAUCUCCUAAAACGAGGGAAUCCGUCCAGUCUCAGACUCAUGGCUUCCACCAGCUCGAGUCCCUCUUCGCUGUUUUUCUCUCUCAUUUGCACUUCAAAGAGCCUGAAAGCUGUGCAGGAACAAGUCCUCCAUACCACCUAUGCACCAUCUCCACGGGGAUCCCCUCUGCCCAGCCCCGCUGAAUGAUGUGCUCUCUUUCGUUUCUCCACACCUCUCAACUCCACUGUGGAAACCAUAGGCCCUGUUGAGUCAAAAGGGGUGAAUUCAAAGAACUGUUGUAGCAACACUAAGCUCCUCAAACACAAGAGGGCGCUCUACACGCUCAGUCCUAAUGGAGACCUCCAGAUGGUGAUGAUGGCACCAUGAAGUGGUUUCUGGUACACAGUGCCUGGGCCUCAAUUAGAAACGAAGAAUGAGCUUCAGUCUCACCUCUAAGCUUUAUGAAUCACCAGAUGCUUUAUUUCAUGAAUUUUUUUUUUGGGUUAAGUAAAACUGCUCCAAAGCUAAUAUGAUGUAGCUUUCUCAGAGACGGGCUGCUUGAUAUGGCAGCGGAAAGAUUCUGGAACAGUAUUAGGACUGCUGAUGAUUGAGUUACUGUUACAAAUGUCAAGAACGGACCUCUGUUAUAAACUUACUAAGACAAUAAGAUCCAACAAUAAUUUCAAGCGGCCUUCAGGAAUUCAACUGCAGCUUCAAUUCCACAUAAUGGUAGGUUCUGACAUGACUGAAGGUCUAAGUCUAAUAAAGCUUUUAUAGUGGAUCGGUUUGGACCGGGACAGAGGAUGAAAUGUUACAGUCUCUCUGGGCCACUGCAUUUAGCAUCCCAUCCCUGUCCCAUCUCUUUUUUCAGCCUGUUUAGUGGCCCAUGUUUCUAUAAUGUUCUGCAAGUGUUUUUAACAUAUUAUCAUAUAAAAGAUUGUGUAAGGAAUAGCAAUGCAGUGCACAGGAUUUUAAGCCAUCAUUAGGAAAUGGAAGGAGGGAAUCAAGAAGAAUGGAAUUAUUAAUAUUGAAACGUUAUUCAAAGAUGAACACUAUAUUCAUAUAUGAGGAAAGGUUGGGUUUUGGGAUGUGGUUCUAAAGCUCUUAAUUCAGCUUUCAGUUUGGGGUCCUAAUGGCAUUCAUUUCUCAUAGUGUUAAGGUGCAGUUGCAUUAGGGGAAUUUUGAAAGCAAAGAAGUUCAUUGUCUGUUGUCAAUAGUGUACGAUGUGUGAAACUCAUUGAAACCAAGCAACUUUAUGUUGGUCAACAUGGUCAAAUUGGCUUCUGUUGGGAAAUAUGCUGCAUGCAAAAUUCGCGAUUGCGUGGAUUCCAAUUUAAAUAACUGGAUUUUGCCUUAGAAAAUUUGUUGAAGAACUGUAAAUGUGACUGCACCUUUUCAUAUUUUAUGUCCUUUUAUAGAUAUGAUAAUAUCAUGAUCAGUAUGCUUUAGCAGGGCUUCAGACUGCUUCUGAAAUAGUUGCAAAUGCAACAAAAUACUAAGUUUUUGGCAGUGAUAGUGUUUUUGUGUGUCUGUAUACAGUUUCAUUUGCGAAAAUAUAUAUAUAAUUUUUUUCUUUAGAUGACAACUUAAUAGAGCGAGCCGUGAUGCUUUUGAUUUACAGAUAAAUGAUUCUCAAGAACUGGUUGAUUUUAGUGUGUGUCAAAUGGAUUUGUGAGUUAGCACGUUGAAUCUGAUUCAAUCAGUGAGUCAUUCAGAGUUUGCAAAAGAUUUCUUGAACUGCAAGUCAGUUAUGUUCUUGCCACAGCAACUUUCUCAAGCGGUUGAAGUUUAUUGGUUCUAAAGACAUUUAGCUUCUAAACAUUUCAUUUUAAGAGUCAUGUUUGUAAGUCUGGAGCCCUGCUUUAGAUUCCCUAAUCCAGGUCGUUGUAUCUUUUACUGAUGUAAUAUGAUA